AUGGCUCCGAGAAUGAGUCUGGGCACGCAUGUCCUGCUCGUUUUGGGACUGUUGCUCGUGGUCCUUCCAACUAAGACGUGGGCUUUCGGGGCUGGAAAUAUUGCUUCGAUUUCGGCCGUAGAGGGCAAAAACUGGCGCCAUGGAGAUAUUGAGGAUAUGCUCAAGACCGUCGCUUUCAUCAAGGGCCACAAGUGGACCUCCACGAUGAUCAAGCGCGUGUACUUUGGCAACUGGUUGCGGGAUUAUUCACAGGCUAUGGACGUGGGUACGCUUAAGAAUCUCCCUGCUGAGACUAUUCGCAUUCUGGUCUGGAUUCUGUCCUUCAUGACGUUCGGUUAUGCAACGGCGGAGUUUGAAGUCACUGCGGACAGGUUGGGGGUUUAUCGGCCUGAAGAGCAUAUCGAUAACCCCAAGGACUAUGCCGAUAACCAGGACGCUCGCCAGUACGAUGAACGACUGCGUGGCCCGAUUCGCCAGGUCGAGCUCGAUAUUGAUCCGGAGACGGGCAUGAAGAAUUACAUUGCUAAUGAGGAGGGAGGUUGGGCUACGAGCGCUGCGUACAUCAAGUAUAGCUUGGCUCGCAGCAUUCACUACGGACGGACAUACACGCACGGAAGCAGGAAGGGCAACGACGAGGACCUUUGCGAGGCUCUUCGGUGCCUGGGUCAGGGCCUCCAUACAUUGGAAGAUUUCGCGGCGCAUACGAACUACUGCGAGCUUGCGCUCCGCGAGAUGGGCUUCAAGAACGUCUUCCCGCAUACCGGCGUGGACACUCAAAUGAAUAUCCGUGGCCAUCAGGUGUUUCCUCUUGUGACUGGAACGUUUGGUAUGGUUGACUUCUUCCAUUCUGUGCUGGGAGAAGCUACCGACCACUUUACCCAGUCAGAGGUCAAUGAAAUGGACAUUGCUCUUGGAGAUGCCGAGGCAAACUCAUCUGGUGGGUCUCUCGGUGCUUUGACUGGUCUCCUGGGUAAGAUUCCUGGGACUAAGGACCUCGUUGCCGAGGCAGAGGAGCUCAAGCGUUCCUCUGAGGCUCAGAAGUCUGCAAACCGGGCUGGUGGUUCUCGUUCUGGCUACACAACACGCGGUCUGGCCAGGGAUGUUGUCGAAUAUAGCUUAUCACGCAGUCGAGAAGUUGAUGACUAUAGCGCACCACGCAGUCGGGAAGUUGAUGACUAUAGCGCACCACGCGGUCAGGGAUUCGACGACUACAGCUCACCACGCAGUCGAGGCUUUGACGAGUACAGCUCGCCACGCGGUCGAGCAUUUGAGGAUGAGGUGCCAAGAUAUAGAGCAAAUGAGAACGAAAGACCUGGAGAGGGCAAUCAGUCCGGGUCCGGCUUACAGGACUUCGAUCCAAGCAAGACCAUUGCCCAGAUCUAUCCUAUCCUAGAAUUCAGAGACAAGGUUGUCCGGAAGCUUUCGUCGAUCAUUGAAACGAUCCCUGGAUUGGAGGCGAUCGUCGAGAAGAUUACUGAAACCCUGACCGUCUUCAUCAUGUCUCUGCUGGCUCCGUUCAUACGUCCCCUCAUCAACGCCGCCUCCAAGUCUUUGCAGUCUGGUUCAUCUGGUGUGAUCGAUGCUUCUGGACAGCAUCAGUAUGAACCUUGGACCGACCCGAACUGCACCGAUCCCACUCAUUCCUUACUUUCCAAGGACCACUUCUCCAACGUUCUCAACGAGCCGGCUGGACAGGUCGCGUCUGCUAUCCUGAAAUACGUGGCACCUCGGGUUAUACACGCCUGGGACAACAUCAACGUCUCCGAGGAACAGGUCCUGGAUGACUGUCUGAAGGUUUUCCACCAUCCCGCUCUGCGCAAUAUGAGGAAUGAAGCCCAUCGGACCAUGUUCGAGGCCGUCCAGUCCUGGGUGCAGUCUAGGCCCGAUCGUGGCGCUGAUCUCAACGAUAUCCUCAGCGCGGAGGGAGUGAGAGAGGGAAAGAACAGCACCGGAGAGGACGAUCAUUCACACGGACAUGGGAGCGGACAUAGCCACGGAGCUUAUCAGCAGCGUCCACCCCAGUCGCACCAACAGCAAUGUCCGCUCCAGUCGCACCAACAGCAACGUCCGCCCCAGUCGCAACAACAGCAAGGCUCGCCUCUUCCCUGGGACACGCUUUCCAGUCUUCCCAUUCCAGGCAUCUCUAAUUUGAACAAGCUGAACAGCGCGUUCUCCAAUCUGAUGGUGGGUGGGUCGUCGAGAGAGGAGACCGCACCGUCCGAGUACCCAUCACAGUAUGAAUCUCACCAGCAGUCCCAAUAUUCUCACCAGCAGUCUUUCCAGCAGGAGCAAAGCUAUCAGUAUCAAUACCGGAGCGAAUACCACAGCCAGGAGCAGUCAUAUCACCACCCCCCUCCCCCUCCUGACUUUGAUGACUCCGGUUACGGUGGGCACAAUGGAAGUCAGCGGAGGCAUCAUGGCGACCACCCCCAUCCACACUACCCGCCUCCUGGUGGCAGUCCUCCUCGGCAUCCGCCUGGCGAAUAUGAAGAGCAGUCUUACAGUUCCUACUCGAGUCAUGGACACGGAAACAGAUACGGACAGAACUAUGGAGGAGGAAGUUAUUAUUGA